CCAACUUCCUCACCAGCGUCAAUUAACAUUGGCCUGUGUGUUGAUCCCAGUGGCGCGAGUGGGAAUGUUUCUCAAAACAGUGGCGCUGCUGUAGUAACCAGAAACUACUAAAGUGGCCAACAUGGCGGCAGUAAUCAAAGCUGGGCGGAGAGCAUUCGACGAAUGGGUAAUAGGAAAAAUGGAUAGCAGAAGCGAUGACUGGUUCCUUAUGGGGUCCAUAUGGCAUGCAGUCGCCAUUUUAGCACUGUACCUGUACUUCGUGAAACAUCUGGGCCCUAACCUGAUGAAGAACAGACCAGCGUUCAAGUUGGAGGGGCUGAUGAAAGCGUACAACCUACUCCAAAUAAUAACAAACGUCUACAUGUUGCUAUUGAGUCUGGACGCUGCCUGGGCCUUCAAGUACAAAUGGGUGUGUGAACCUGUGGAUUACUCACGCACACCGUCCGCCUAUUACGCCUUAAAAGGUGUAUGGACAUACUUGAUGAUAAAAGUUUUGGACCUCAUGGACACGGUCUUCAUCGUAUUGCGGAAGAAGGAUUCUCAAGCGUCCUUUCUGCAUGUGUAUCACCACGGAGGGAUGUUCGUCUUAGCGUGGGCGGCUACAAAAUACCUCCCAGGUGGACAUUUGACGCUGCUCGGCCCAGUAAACUCUUUCGUACACAUUGUUAUGUACACUUACUACUUCAUCACAGCCACGUGGCCUGAGUUCAGAAAUAAACUCUGGUGGAAGAGGCACCUCACCGAAAUGCAAAUGAUCCAGUUUCUGGUCAUUUUUCUGCACUCCUCAUUAGUCUUCACGCAGGAGACCUGCGCAUACCCGAAGCCUUUCGCACUGGUACACGUCAUACAGUGCGGGGUCAUGUUCUUCUUAUUCUUAGAUUUUUAUCUGAAAACUUACAGGAAGAAAGCUUCAUAAUGUGUCUAAAGUUUCAGUACAGAAAAUGUCAUUAUUUAAAUAAAAGUGUUUUCAGCAUAAUAAUAUUUUUUGUAUAAGUUCCCCUUGAUAAACUUUCAUGUACAGAAAAUAUUAUUAUUUAAAUAAAAGUGUUUUCAACAUAA